UCGCAGAUAGUCUGUCCUCUAAGAACUAGUGUCAAAGCCACAUUGUGCUGUGAGACCUAUCGCCGAAAUGAUCAAAAAGAGAGUGUAAGGAUUUCACUGUGACCUCGAACUGUCCAAAUUAUUUGACAAAGUCCACAUGCAUGUCACAAUGGAUAUGAAUGACACAACAAGACAUGGCAGUGAGUUUUUUAAAGCAGCUCACACAAAUGAUACCAUCAGUAUGAAAGCCUUAUUGACAAGUGAAGACUUUGACCCUUACGUUCGAGGGAAUUUAGAAGAAACAAUAUUGCAUUCAGCUUUGUUCAAUGGCAAUAAGGAAAUUGCAGAGUUAAUUCUGGAUAGGAUCCCAUCGCUCAUCAAUGAACCCAUGACAUCUGACAUGUACAAAGGUGAGACCCCCAUGCAUAUUGCCGUCCUGAAACAAGACGUGGAAAUGGUUAAGGAACUGUUGAACCGAGGUGCGGAUGUGGUAAAUGCACGUGCAACCGGUUCCUGCUUUGUCCCCGGAGAGGAAUGUCAGUGUUAUUAUGGUGAAUAUUUGUUGUCAUUUGCAGCAUGUAUUGGCAAUGAAGAAAUUGUCAGAACUCUUAUCAAGCAUAGUGCGCCCUUAGAGGCACAGGAUUCCUUAGGUAAUACAGUACUUCAUGUGUUGGUUACACAAUCAGAAAAAAAACAGAAGUAUUCCAUGUAUGAUCUCAUCACAUCGCUAGUGUCUGAGAAACAACAGCCAAGUCUUGAGAACAUUGUGAAUAAUGAUGGCUACACUCCAUUAAAGCUUGCAGCAGCUGAGGGAGAUUUGGAGAUGUUCAACUUUUUGGUGCAGAAACAAAAGAAAAUAUAUUGGACAAUGGGGACAAUUUCUUACUGUGUCUAUGAUCUCACCAACAUUGAUACAUGGGGUGACCAAAAAUCAGUUCUGGAUAUCAUAACAACAAGCAGGAAUAGAGAGGUUCAUAAACUCAUUGAUGCUAAACCAGUGAAGGAAUUAUUGCAUCAGAAGUGGAUUUCAUUUGCAUACAAGUAUUUUCUAAUGUGGAUGUUUUCCUAUAGUAUGUACAUUACAAUAUUCACCAUCUCAAGCUUGUACCGGCCCUUGAAACCAGUUCCACCUGGCCAAUUUGGUGACUACAUUGUUAAAACUCAAAAGACUCUCGCAGAAUCCUAUCAAACAAAGGAAGACUACUUGAGACUCCUGGGUGAGCUAAUAACUAUCGUAGGAGCACUGGUAAUACUCAUCAGUGAGAUACUGUAUUUAUACAAAAUUGGUCCAAAAAAUUACUUUGGAAAUACAUCAAUUGGAGGACCUUUCCCACUACUACUGGUCUGUUACUCCCUUUUAAUUGCUGUGGCAGUCAUUAUGAGAAUCCAUGCUGAUGCUGGAGAAGCAGUUCCAAUCUCCUUUGCUUUGAUCAUCGGGUGGUGCAACACCAUCUAUUUUGCCAGAGGUUUUAAAACAUUUGGAAAAUUUUCUAUUAUAAUACAAAAGCUAAUAUUUGGAGAUUUUAUGCAUUGGUGCUGUCUUGUAUUUAUCUGUAUCAUUGGAUUUACCUUUGCAUUUUACCUUAUGUUUCAGACUCUGAAUUUGGCAGAUUAUCCGUAUUUUAGGGAUUUUUCAAUGACAUUGCGCACCACAUUUGAGUUGAUGAUGGGAUUGAUGGAUAUUCCUCUUCCUUAUAAUAAGCCGACUCCCAACAAUAUCUAUAUUGCUUAUGUCAUGUAUAUGCUGUUUGUAUAUCUCCUGCUAUUAAAUUUGUUGAUUGCAAUGAUGGAUGACACAUACUGGAGAAUUGCACCAGAGACAGAGGAGCUAUGGAAAGUGCAGAUUGCAGCCACCAUACUGCUUCUAGAGCAACGAAUGCCAUCAUUUCUGAAGAUCCGCUCAGGAGUUCCAGGAAGAUCUCUAGGUUUUGAUGAUGACAAGUGGUAUAUUGGGGUUGAGGAGAUUCUUCCUGAGACAGAAGGAGGAGCUGGAAUGAGCACACAGAGAUAUUCACAAAACAUAAGAUGGGACGUGGUUAGAAGAAAUCUUGGAAAAAUCAUAAACAUGAAAGAUUCUUCUGAAUCUACCAUUUUAUAGGAAACAAUAGUGAAUUAACAAUCUGUUUCUUAAAUGAACUAUGUUUAAUUAAAAUUGCUAAAUUUUUGAUGUUAGUUAUUUCCCAUAUAGAGGCUGAAAAAAAUCGAAAGCAGUUAUUUCCCCUAAAAAUAUUAUGUAGCUCCUAUACUAUGAAUAACCUUAGUGGAGUUAUUUUUCACAUUUUAUUGUUCAAAUAUAAGGCCUGUUUUCCUGAAAAUACGAAACUUUUUUAGCAAGCAAUAUGUUGGAACCUUUGGUCCAGAAGACUCCAUGCAGUUGGACCUCAAAACUGGAAGUGACCAUUUACUUUGUUUUAGCAUGAAGUUAUUUUACACAGGAAGUGUUCUGAACAUCUGGACAAGUAAGCCAUUAGAUAACUGGAAUCUACACAGAAAUGAUCAGAUGGCUGUAAAGAAAGUUUUUAUUAUAAUAUUAAGUAGUCUCUUGGGAAAUCUAGAUCAAAAGAAGCAAAAGAGAUAAGUUAAACUAGGAAAUAGCGAUUUCAAGUUGGACUUCCAUGGAAUCUCAAUAAUUUCCAAAGACAGACGGAACCGAUUUCAGUAUGCCAACCCCUAUUCCCAGUGCACUCAAUUUAUGUCAAAAUUGUAUGAAGGUGUGGGUUAUUGUAGAUUGCAAAUCAGUACCUCCAUCCUGCCUGGCUCCACUUAAGAGUCCUAGUCCUCCACAGGCCAGGUUUUCAAGGAGUUCUGAAUCACUGAACCUUCAAAAUAUUGUGAACCAUAGUCUGGAUAUUGAAACCUUUCGAAAGGUAAGUUCAAAUGUUCUCACCUAUACCCACCACACCCCCUCCCAAUCCCAAUGUAUGCCCCUUCAUCCACUCAUCAUAAUCCCUCAGUAGCCCCCCCCCGGGUCUACCUAUACCCCCUUAUUCUUAUGUCCAUUGCCCUUCAUAAACUCCAGUCCAAAUUGUGACCAAGCCCCCAAUUGCCAUAUACAUUCUAUGCAGAGCUAUUAGUAAUAAUGUCAUGCAUGAAAAAAGAUCUUUAAAAUAUUAGUCAUUAAUACAUUACUAUCUGGAAAUACUGUUUUUACCACUGGUUAUAAAGAUGCCAAUCACUCAGAUUUUCAAAGUAUAAUGUGUGUGGUGGCAAUCAAAUGGGUUGCUUUGAGCUAGACGGUGUCAAGCAUUUUUUAGUGCAUUUGGAGCUGUACUCCUCCAGGCUAGUGGAGAAUAUUUCAUCACACUCCUUAUAGAUUAUAGGCUGUAUGAAUAUGUUAUUGCAAAAUUUUCAGCCUUUAACCUGCUCUUGUCACCAUACUUUGUCAAAGGCUGUUAAAGUUAAGUUUGUGGUCAAUGGUAAGGCUCCUGUGAGGUUGAUAAUCGGUAUUCAGAGUUAGUAAUGCCAUUCAAUAUUAAGGGAGAUGGUUAGAUUCGUUGCUUAGCACUUUUGUGGUGUUAAUAUUACUUGUCACUUAUCAUAUGAAGCCUGAAUGUUGUCUACGUCAAUUGGCAAAAAGGUGACUGUUAUCCAUUCAUAGCUGUGCAGCAGAGCAAUGCUAUUAUGAAUACCAAAUAUCAUAUUUUGCUUUUGGGAAAGAAGUUUUGUGCCCUUUUCAUUACUAUUACAAUCAACAAACAAAAUUAGAUAAAUGUAAUUUUGUUGUGGAAAUGUUUCUUUAAUUUAAAUGAUAUUAAUCAUUAUGGAUCAAAAUAUGGACAUAGUAUGGCACAUCAUUUAUUCUCUUGUACUGCAGUAAAUUUCAGAGUAUCUGUUGUUAGCAAGGUAAGUUUAAGCUUGCUGUGUCAAGUAAUGGACUAU